AUGGGGGCAAAGAGUGGCAAUUCUCCAGCGAAUGUUUUGUUUGAAAGGUUGAGGAAGCUGCCAAUGAAAGUGAUGAUCUUUUUGGGGGUGUUGCUUGCUGUAAUUGUUUUGGUGGUCUUAAAACUCACCAUUAGAAGACGCUACCAUUUCUUCUUAGUCUCUGAAGUAAUCCACUCUGUGGGGAUACUUGCCCUCACAUAUAAGCUUUUCGCCCUGAAAACCUGCUCUGGUUUAUCACUUAUUACCCAAGAGCUCACAGCUUUAUUCCUAGCAGCAAGAUUAGUUAGUAGCAAAGACUUUCUAUAUAGCCUCCAAUCUGCUCUAGAUUUCAUAUCUCUUUGUUUAACAUUGGUGGUCAUAUGGAUGAUAAGAUUCAAGUUGAAGGCAUCCUAUAUCAAGGAGCUUGACAAUAUGAAACUAUACUUUGUGGUGGUGCCUUCUGCAAUCCUUGCAGUACUAGUCCACCCUUUUUCAACUCAGUGGAGUAUUACUCGAGUUGCUAUCGCAUUCAGCAUUUAUCUGGAAGCUGUUUCUGUUCUCCCUCAGCUUCGUUUCAUGCAGAAUGCGAAGGUUGCUUCUCUAGGCUCUGUUCAAAUGAUUGAAACAUUCACAGGAUAUUAUGUAUUUGCUCUUGGUGUUUCAAGAUUCAUGGCAUUGGCUCAUUGGAUAAUUCAGAUUUAUGACACUCGAGGGGCAUUUCUAUUUUUGGCUGGAAGUGGCUAUUUCUGGUUCUUGGCAGCUUUUGUUGCAGAAAUAUUGAUAAAAACGGAAGUCCACAAGGUGGAAGUAACGACAGCUAGAAAAAUUCUGGCAGAGUGUCACAGCCACGUCGUGGUCGCGUAUCUGCCACCUUCAACCACGUAG